AUGCCAGAAGCGGGAGUUGCGGGAAUGUCAGCGGCUCUAAGCAUCUACGAAGAUUCUUUGGGUGUGUUUUCCUUAGCCCUAUCAUCAUCAAGCAUCCGCGAGGCUCUAUAUCUCUCUAAUAGACGUCCUAGCAGCUUGUGUCAACACGACUCCGAAAAGUCAGGAUCGAAUAUCCCGGCAGCUCAAAAGGGUACCAAUAGUAGCGAGCCGGAGUACGAGGACGUCCCGCUCGCCAUAUUGACUAGAGGAGUACAAGUCAGUCAACCAGCAUCAAAUAAGCCGGCUGCUACUAAGAAGGUCACCACCGAGCGGACCGGCCAGGAUAAUCAGCAGGGACAGAGCUCGACCCAGGGGUCGCAGCAGCAAAGGCGGCGAGCCACCCAAGCGGGGCCGGAUGGAAGCGAGAGCAGCGAAUUCACAUUCCGCGGCGGAGACACCGGAAACUGUGUUAGAGAGCCCUGCGGCUGCUGCGCAUAUUGGAUCAACAAGAUCUGCUGCGGCGAUGAUGAUUGA